AUGACUAAUGCAAAUAGAACCAAGCGUGGUCUAAUGGAGGAGCCUAGUUGCGGACUGUGCAUCAACACCGAGGAAACAACUGAACACAUCCUUCGCUGCUGCCCGCAGGCCAUACAAGUAUGGGAGUCCAUCAUGCCAGGAAUGCUCCGUGCAAACCAUAAAAGAUCCUUUGUAGACUGGCUCGACGCAGGGCAAGCAGGCUGUGGCGGUCUAGCCAGAAAUGAGAAAGGAGACUGGGUUGCAGGCUUCACUCAUGGAAUAGGUUCUUGCUCUGCAGAAAGCGCCGAAGCCUGGGCCUUGCUUAGAGGCAUUCAGCUUGCUCAGACACUCGGUAAUGUCAAGGCCUGUUUUGAAAGUGACUCAAAGAGGAUCGUUGAUGCUUUUUCCUAA